UCAACUCUCGAAUCCCCUGCUUCUCCGAUCCACCCACCAGACAGAGGACCGCCGUCCCUCGUCGCGAUCAAAUCCGCGAGUGAAGAUGACACCCGCUCACCUCUUCUCGUACACCAUCAUCGGCGACCCAGGCGUCGGGAAGUCGUGCCUGGAGCAGCAGUUCACGGCCAGGGCGUUCCCGGAGGAGCACGAGCCCACCAUCGGCGUCGAGUUCGGCACGCGCACCAUCGCCGUCCACGACAAGCGCGUCAAGCUUUACAUCUGGGACAUGGAGGGCCGCGAAACGUACGUAUCUGUCACUCAGCAGUGCUACUACAGAGCUGCUUGUAUCAUUUUGGUUUAUGAUAUCACAAGGAGGGAGACUUUUGAUCAUAUUGCUGUAUGGCUAUCAAGAGCAAGAAAGCUAUCGAGAGCCGGUGUAACAUUGGUGCUGAUCGGGAACAAAUGCGAUCUGUCUCACAUGCGUGCUGUCGGCUAUGAGGAAGGUCGAAAGUUUGCCAAGAGGCACAAACUGGUGUUCAUGGAGGCCUCUGCAAAAACCACACAAAAUGUUGAGGAGGCAUUCGUUGUGACCACCGAAACAGUAUACCAGAAAGUCGAAGAUGGUGUCAUCGACUUGUCUGAAAAGUUUGUUGGAUUCUUACAUAUGCCUGAGAACAUUACACCGAGCCAAUCUGGAGGUGUAGCUGGAUCAUCCUAUGGAAGGAGUAAUUGCUGCUUGGUCUGGUGCCGAAAAUUGGCUUGCCAAUACGCAGGCAAGGCAAAAAAAUGGCUGUCAAUUGGUUGGCAACCAAGUUACUUUGCCAACCUCUCGAAACUUGGGAAUUUUUGUCAAGCUUUGGAGUUGCCGAAUGUUGGCAUGCCAAUAUGCUGGCUAGCCAAUUUUUGGCUGUCAGCCAAGCAUGCUCUGAACUCAUGGCGCAAAAACGCACAAUUGGUUUGUGCGUUUGUGCGCAUCCGAUCAACGCACAAACUCGUAAGAAGAGGAGACUUUGUCUCCCCUAUAUAUGUUUCUCUUGGUUUGGUAUAA